AUGGACCACAACCGUCCAAGUUCAACAUCCUCGCAAGAGCAGAAUCCCUUUGCGAGUACGCACUCUGAUUUCCCAGACUCGCCCUCGGCAGCCCAGAACCAGUUUCCGUUCCACACCAGUGGCCACCAGCACCACGGCUCGUCCUCUGGGUACAUUACUCACACUCCUUCCUCCAAUUCCAUUCACCAACGUCGCAACAAUGCCCCCAACAGUCGUCCGGGGACUGUAAACUCGAUGAGCCAGGCCACCGGCGACAUGCUGACCUUUUCUCCUCGGGCAAGGGACCCUCCUCCUGCUUCCUUUAUGGGCCCUCCGCGUAUUGGAAGUAUGGCAUCGCGCGAUUCUGCCUUUGCCGCUCCUCCUAUCCGCCAGCCAUCCCCUAGUCUCAAUGACAACGCCACGCGCACUAAACCAGCAAAGGCAAUCCCCUUUAAGAGCACUGCUCUCGUUCGGGAUGCGAAUGGAAACGCAAACAUUUCAAAGCCAUGGCUCGAGAAAAAGGACCCCUAUGUCCGCAUCUCCUACUGGGUCACUUGGUCUCUCUUCCUCAUCCUCGGUCUCGGUGGCUCUGGUCUCGCCAUCUUCCUCUCCUGGCGUGCAUUCCCAAAGAUUCCCAACUACUGCCCCGUGUUCGAGGACGACUUUAAUUCGCUCGACUUGAACUCGUGGAACCACGAGAUUGACCUUGGAGGCUUUGGCAAUCACCAAUUUGACAUGGCGACCGCCGACGAGAAAAACUCGUAUGUCAAGGAUGGAAAGCUCUACAUUACCCCGACUCUCACUGGCGACGUUAUUGGCUAUGAUCAACUGCUCGACGGCCCCGUCUUCAAUCUGACUGGCUGCACGAAUACGAUCAAUGACCCCCAGAACGGUACCAUCCCCAACCCUGAUGCUUGUGGUGUCCAACCCAACCGUACCGAGGGCGUCAUGAUCCCUCCGAUCAGGAGUGCACGCCUCACGACAAAGGGGAAGCACAAUAUUGCCUAUGGAAAAGUUACCGUCCGCGCUAAACUGCCCCGAGGUGAUUGGCUUUGGCCCGCUAUUUGGAUGCUGCCGGAGGAGAACUUCUAUGGAGAAUGGCCCAUGUCUGGCGAGAUUGAUAUUAUGGAAGCCCGUGGAAACGACAAGACAUAUCCUGCGCAGGGACGCGACUACGUCCGUGGCUCGCUCAACUGGGGACCUACGACGUUUAUGAACGCAGUCGCCAAGACGUACGGAUGGUGGUUUGAACGCCGCCAGGCGUUUGACGAGGGUUUCCAUGAGUAUACGAUCGAGUGGACACCCGAGUUUAUGUGGAUCUACGUCGACUCGCGGUUGCAUCGUUCGCUUGACCUCACGUUCAACAAGCCAUUCUUUGAUCGUGGCAAGUUCCCUACCGUUAUCACCAACACGACCACCGGUCAGCAAGUCGUCCUCCAAAACCCAUGGCAUGGUGGACCCAACUCUGCGCCGUUUGAUCGUAGCUUCUACCUCAUCUUGAACGUUGCCGUUGGUGGCACGAACGGAUGGUUCCCUGAUGGAGCAGGUAACAAGCCUUGGCUCGAUGGUUCGAAGACUGCUAUGAUCGAUUUCUGGUCCAAGAGGGACGACUGGCUCCCGACAUGGGGUGACAAUGACCAACGCUCUAUGGUCGUGGAUAGCGUCAAGAUGUACAAGAUCUGCUAA